CUCAACACUCGUGACGUCACGUAAUUAGGUCCUAAAUAUAAAGUAUUGUUGGUGUUCUGCAUGCCUAGAUCAACGCGAUGAAAACCGAUCUUUUAUAGGAUUAUGGAGUCCCAAAAGGUCCAGUUUGUCGGGGCGUCCUGUGGACAACAUGGACCAUACACAUUUUACAAAGCGUUCAAAUAUUUUAGAGACAACAAAUUCAGAAUUUUAACACUUGGGGAAUUUUUCUUUCUGAAGAUAUUGAAAGAGGGCCCCAUUUGUAUUGGGGAACUUCAGUUGUUGUGGGAAAAUAGUCAAGAACACCAGUUUCUUGCCAGCGUCCGACUGUAUUAUCUACCAGAACACACACCAGCAGGAAGAGAAAAUUUCCACGGAGAGCAUGAGAUCCUUGCCUUCUCUGAGAAGUUGAUCCUGAGGUUGGAUGAUCUGGUGAGCCUUGUGUACCUGGAUCAUGUGGAGUGGGGGUUCGGCCUGGCCCUCCUACAUGAGGACAGUGUGGAGGGUGACGUCCAACACGAUGACGUCCAGACAAAGUUCUUCGCCGACACACAGAACUCGGGACUUGUCUUGGACGACAUUCAAAAGGAGAUUGAUGUACUGGGUGAGCAAAAGACGACAUCUACCUGUGUGAAGGUACUUAGCUAUGCCCAGUACUGUCGCUACAGAACCAUCAUGAAGAGGCUGGAAAACAUGGCCGACAAGUGGCUUAAAAAACAGAUCAUCUGUGCACUAGGUGGCAUCACGUCCCAUACUCCCAACAACCGCAUCAUGUUUUGUCGGGACACGUUCGAUGACCCCGAUCUUGAUGACUUUGAAAUGCGAAUGGACCAUUUAGCUCCAAAUCUGAAAGGACGACCACGGAAGAAAAGAUCCUCAAAGAGUGAUGGUAAUGGAGAAUCAGACGAAACCUCCUCGGACAUAUCUACGCCUUCCUCUAGAGUCAAAGCUAGCAAGAGGGAAUCUGCCUUGCGCAAUGGCUUCAAGUUCGACAAGGACAGAAUCAGCAAGGACGAACAGGCUUUCCUUAUAGAUUUACACAAGUUUAUGAAGAAGCGCCAUACUCCCAUAGACAGGAUUCCGUCAUUGGGAUUCAAGCAGAUUGACCUCUGGUACUUCUACACCUAUGCACACAAACUAGGCGGUUACGAACAGAUUACAAGGAAGCGACUGUGGAAGCACUUAUAUGACGUGUUAGGAGGAAAUCCAGGAAGUACUAGUGCUGCCACCUGUACUCGCAGACAUUACGAAAAACUGCUUCUGCCCUAUGAACGUUACGCACAAGAUGAGACGGCAACCAGAAGUACAGUAUCAAAUAAACAGAAGCGGAAGGCAGAGUUUCUUGCCAAAGCCCGAGCUGAGGCCAAAGAGAGGCUUCAGGAUGCGCAGGAUUCCGAUUACGACUAUGAAGAGGAGCAAAAUCAUGCAUUUAAAAGGAGGAGGCGAUCUCUCAGCCUCGCUUCAGACAAAGUCCAACUCUGGGAGACGAUUCGCAAACACAAGGCUGUAGAGAGAGACAAGUUGAAGAAAGUAUCUCGCAAUCCCAAAACUGUGAAAUCCCUGUUGAAUAAUGCAGAAAAAGAGAAGAGUUAUAUAGAACUAAAGACUGAUAAUGGAGAAAACAACUUUACUGAAACCUUUGAUUUAAGAUCAGAAACAGGAGGGCAGGAGAACGGCAAGCUUCAACAGGAUGGAAGUGUUGUGAAGUUAGAAAAACUUAACGGCAGUAGUGCUAUGUCCGAUGACCCAAAACAGGCCAGUGAUGGUAAGAGUCUCGUAAGUCAGUCCAAACUCUUCCGGGCUGAUCCCGUGCAAUCUAAUACCCUUGCCACAGAGGCCGACCUCUUACAGUUUGAUAGAACGAGACUGUCCCAAAUGCCUGGCCACCACCCGGCGUUACCGGGUGGAGGAAUGUUUUAUCCACCGUUUAUCCACAUGGGGGGUCUUCACCCUCUCAGCCUGCCUGUUAUGCAUCAGAUGCCAGUGUCCAUGCAGCAGCUCAUCCAGUCACCCCAUCAACCGGCCAAAUCUUCAGCAGCUGCAGACAAGUCGGCCUAUCAUCAAAACACAAUGAGAUCAGGUUCUAACUCGUCAUCCUCAUCCUCGUCUGAGCAGCGACCAUCAGUCAUUCAGCAUGGGCACCAAUCAAAGAUGGCCACCGCACAUCUGUCGGGGUCAAAAAGAGACACAAGCCCUGCUCCUCAAAAGUCACAUCACCACGGCUCUCAUACCUCCGCCACGUAUGUGCCCGGAGCUCCCGCCCCUAAAGCACACUCUGGAAGAUCAUCGUCACUUCUUAAACGACCAUACAACUCACAAGUUCCCUCUGAGGCUCACAUUCCAAACCCACAACGAACUCACUCCAACAAUAGAUCCCUGUUAUUUGACUUUGAGGCGCCAAAACGACCAAAGAUGGAGACACAGCCGGCACACAGUAACAAUAGUAGUAGUAGCAAUCCCGGUUCUGUGGUGUCUUCUGAAACAGAACAACCGUGUGACCUCAGUAUGAAAUCAUUUCGUAGGAGUGUGCACAAGGAGGAUAGGUUUAGAGACAGAAACGGGGAUCCUGUCGCAGACAGGGGCAGUAACUCACCUGCCGAGUCCCCAUUUUCAGUGAAAUCCUUGGCCCAGUCGUCUAUAUCAUCAUCGCGCUACGCCAGUCCCGGCAUGUCCAGUCGGAGUCACCUGUUGUUAGACAGGGUUCACAGUCCAGACGUACAAGCCAGCGUGUUCUCUCAGGCCUCUGUGUCCAGUCCCAACAUACCCCCAGCACAUAGCAACAGUAAGGCUGGGGACCGACCACUGGUGCCGCCACCUGCCCACAGCAAUAAGACGACUGACAACCUCCCAUCCAAGAAGUCCUCCUCGUCAUCCACAGCUCCGUCUCUGCCAUCAACAGUUCCAGCAGAUCCCUCAGGGCUGCCCCAUCCUGCCUUCCCUCACCACAUGGUUCGUCCCCAGUUUCCACAGCAACCAUAUUUCCCAUCACCAAUGCAGCUACAUCAGUUUUUCGAAGCACAAAUCCGAACCAACGCAGCGUACGAGGAGAUGAUGACCCAUGACCAGCGAAGGCAGUACUCGGCCAUGUCGAUGCCAAUGUUCAUGCCACAGGUCCCGUUACACGCCCAGGCGGCAAAAGACAAGUCCCAUUAUGCACAUGCUAAGUAGUGAUCUCUGUCAGAUCAUGUGAAUACAUUAGUCCUGUUAUACAGUACAGUUAGGCCUUGCUAACCCUGUUACCACUGAUCAGAUUGUCCCAUUAAUCUAUUCGUGUUUAGAAGGGCAGUUAUCCCCCUUCUUCUGUUCAAAUUUACUCUGUGAUGUGACUGGUACUUAAUCCAGCCACUGUAACUGGUAACUGGUAGAAAAUUGGACAAAAUUAACCCUUUUACCACUGUAGACUGCAAUGGACUCAUCCAGAUCAAUGCAUGGUAAAGUUUACUUAAGUUACAUAGGGGUGAAAGGGUUAACAAGGCUAAGCUGUGUAAGUAUGGAAUGACAUUUUCUUAAUUUCUUAUUUAGGCAAAUUUUCAAAUCGCAAGAUGUGGUCUUCAUUGAAAUGGCAGCUGAAUACUCAUAUAAUUCCCAUUAAAAAUCAUGUAAAAGUUUGCUAUGAAUAAAUCCUUAGAGUUUUGUGUAUUAUCAUGUACAUUUACUUUGCAAUUGAAUUAAGAUUUUUUUUAAACAUUGGUCAAGAUUCAAAUGCCACAGAUGAAAUUAUACAAUUGUUUGGGCUGAUUUUAUAUAGGUGGAAACAAAAACAAACCAAAAAUGACUGCAGAUAUUGAAAAUAAAAACGGUUGUUAAAGCUUGUUAAAGCGAGAUCAGGAAUUCAAAUGUUUGUGUGAGUCUUGUAAGAGAGAGAAAGAUUUGUGAUAAUUCAACACAGGGGCUUGUAAUUUGGACUUCGCCAUGAUUUAUGGGAAUGUUUUCCUCUACAAUAUCUUGGAUUUUAUUUUACUCUUCAUGUAUUCGGUGAAUAGUCAGAUGUCCUUCAAAGGUAAAACAAAAUCUGGAAAGAAAAUUACAAGCCCCUUUGACUUAACUGUUUGUUUGGUUAUAAAAAAAAAACAAUGCAAUGUUACAUUAAUAAUGGAAAAUUAACUGACAGGUUUGAAUGCAAAUUUCCAAAUGCAAAUUCUUAAAUUGACCCAAAAGUCUCAUUCUUCGUGUAAUUGUAUGUAGUUUAAUUUUGAUGAAGGAAAUUAAUCCAAUAUCUAAUGUAAAAGAAUCAUUUGCAUAUCGAUCAAGGAAAAAAAUCUUUUUCUUGUACAUAAUUAGCAGAAUAAAGAGGUUAUUUUCUUGUCGACAGGAUUUUUACGCAAGGUGAGAAAGUCUAAAGGACACCCUACAUACGUACCAGUAUGUGUGGUCUAUUCAGUGGUAUAAACAGCCUUUGUCCGUCGCUGUAUUGAUAGCCAACACAAAUACAUAUGGAAAUAGAUGUGUGUUUUAUAUAAGGAAGUUCAAUCAUAAUUAACAUAGUAUAACAUUUUAUUUACCAAGUUUGUAAAUGAUUUUACAGAAGUGUAGAGGCCGUUGAUAGAUCAAUUUCCAUAGGAAUGGAAUAAUGUUACAAAGUGCAAUUGUUAGUUCUGUAUAAAUGAGAGAGAAGAUUUCAUUGCCUCAGUUCUAGAGACGUAAUUCAGUCCCAGUUAUCAUGUCAUACAGUAAAAUCGGAGUUAAAACUAGACACCAAAGCUCCUUAGUCAUGUUUAUCUUCACACAAUUCCGUCUUUGCGUAUUGCAGAGUUAUCUUCUCUUGUGAGCAGGUAUUGAUUGUUACGUCAUUAG